AUGGCCACGGAAGAGGAAAAUGAGCUUUUCGAAAUUAUAUCCUCGUACAGUGAGCCCCAUGACUAUGAAGAACAAGCGUCAAUCUCUGAGCACUUAGAGGGAGAUAUUUCGGAAAUAAGUGAAGACGGCGCAUUCGUGGUGUCGGAUGGAGAUCAAUCACCCUACUCGAACAGACCCUCUGAGUCUUCUAACUACAGCCAGCACUGCCACCACAGGCAUGACGAUGACUUUUCUAAUCCUAUUGGCCACAAAAUACCGAUAAGCACAAUUGCUAAACGCGUUAUCCACCAGAAUGAUAGUCCUGUUGUACAAUAUUUGGUCCUAUGGCGGUCCUGGGAGCUGGAAAAGCCACAUAUGAGUGGCAUGGCCGAGAAGAUUUGA